GUGUGGUGGUUGUAGGUGUGGUAGUUGUUGAUGGAGGUGUGGUGGUUGUUGUUCUAGUUGUGGUUGUUGGAGAUGUUCUGGUUGGUGUGGUGGUGGUUGUUGUAGGUGUGUUGGUUGCAGGUGUGGUGGUUGUUGUAGAUGUGGUGGUUGUAGGUGUGGUAGUUGUUGAUGGAGGUGUGGUGGUUGUUGUUCUAGGUGUGUUGGUUGCAGAUGUGGUGGUGGUAGGUGUGGUGGUUGUAGUUGUGGUGGAUGUUGUUGUAGGUGUGGUUGUUGUUGUAGAUGUGGUGGUUGUAGGUGUGGUAGUUGUUGAUGGAGGUGUGGUGGUUGUUGUUCUAGGUGUGGUUGUUGUAGGUGUUCUGGUUGGUGUGGUGGUUGUUGUUGUAGGUGUGUUGGUUGCAGGUGUGGUGGUUGUUGAUGUAGGUGUGGUGGUGGUUGUAGAUGUGGUGGUUGUAGGUGUGGUAGUUGUUGAUGGAGGUGUGGUGGUGGUUGUUCUAGGUGUGGUUGUUGUAGGUGUUCUGGUUGGUGUGGUGGUUGUUGUUGUAGGUGUGUUGGUUGCAGGUGUGUUGGUUGCAGGUGUGGUGGUUGUAAGUGUGGUGAUUGUUGUUGUAGGUGAGGUGGUUGUUGGUGAAGGUGUGGGGGUUGUAGGUGUGGUAGUUGUUGUUGUAGGGGUGGUGGGUGUAGGUGUGGAGGUUGUAGGUGUGGUUGUUGUUGGUGUAGGUGUUGUGGUUGUUGUAGGGGUGGUGGUUGUAUGCCUGGUGGUUGUUGUUGUAGGGGUGAUGAUUGUAGAUGUGGUGGUUGUUGUUGUAGGUGAGGUGGUUGUUGGUGAAGGGGUGGUGGUUGUAUACCUGGUGGUUGUUGUUGUAGGUGUGAUGAUUGUAGAUGUGGUGGUUGUUGUUGUAGGUGUGGUGGUUGUUGUAGGUGUGGUGGUUGUUAUAGGUGUGGUGAUUGUUGUAGGUGUGAUUGUUGUGUGGUAG